AUGCCUGCGCCCGCUGAAGACCUGACACCGCCCGGACCUCCUCCCUCAAUCCAGAAAAAAGAGCUGCCUCAGAUAGCUGGUAAAAAGCACUUACAGAAUUCUCGAGGUAUCCACUCACAGCUGAAAGACAGCGUACCGGCAACUGGCUUGUGUCCACCGGGGGCUUAUGGCGCUCAUGAUACGCUUCGCAAUGGGUUCAGCAAUGUGAAAAAUGAGAUCAUUCCUGCCCAUCCACUGGAGCUGUCAGAAAAAAAUUUCCAGUUGAGCCAGGACAAGAUGAAUUUCUCGUCCCUCAGGACCAUCCAGGGGCUUCAUGCCCCACUCAAAUUGCAGAUGGAAUAUAGGGCAGCUAAACAGAUCCAGCGUCUUCCAUUCUUGCAGAGCUCCAACCUUGCGCUGGACACACUGAGAGGCACUGAUGAAUCCAUUGGCUUUGAAGACAUCCUCAAUGACCCAACACAGAGUGAAAUGAUGGGUGAGCCACACAUGAUGGUGGAAUGCAAGCUGGGAUUGUUUUAG